AUCCACCUGAUAAAACAGGUUUCAGCCUUGAGGUAAGUUGUAUGAAGGCUGCCGUCCGAUCAGGGCGAGGAGAAAAAUAAACUUCAUCAAGUAUUGGUCUUUGUGUUUCAGAUUGGCAUAUCGAAUAACAGCAAUUCCUCGUGAACUAUGCAACCUUCGUUGGGAAACAUGAAAGAGCUGGUCGAAAGCUUCGUCAAGGGUCCCUCGCGGGAUGGAUCAUCUCAAAUGGAAAUCCUGUUGCCAGCAGAGAAAGAAUUCCUUAACGCUGCUAAAAGCAAUGAUAUCAAUACUUUGUCAAGAUGCUUAAACCAGAAGGUCCAGAUUAAUAUUAAGACUGAAUUAGAUCGCACCGCCUUACAUUUUGCUGUUGCUAACAUGAAUGAAAAUGCUGUUACCUUUCUGCUUGGACACAAUGCAGUGGUGGACAUUAAAGAUAAGCAUGGAAUGAAUGCCUUUCUUCUUGCAGCCUGGUUUGGACACCUGAGUAUUUUGAAAAUGUUGGUAGAGAAAGGUGCUGAUCAAAAAUCCACAAAUGAGGAAGGAAUGAACGCACUCCAUUGUGCUGCUCAAAACAACCAUGCUUCAAUUGUACAAUAUUUAAUUAAAGAUGCGCAACUGGAUUUGAACAAGCCCACAGAGAAAGGUAAAAAACCCUAUCACUUAGCAGCUGAACAUGGAUGUCUUGAAAUGGUGAAAAUGUUGGCUGAGUUUGAAUAUACUACACAGGAGAAGGACAAGGAAGGUAACACAGCCUUGCACCUUGCUGGCAAGAAUGGUCAUACAUCAGUGGUUGAAGAGCUGCUGAGAGAGUGGAAUCUAAUAGAUGAGGAGAAUGAGGAGGGCGAGACCGCAUUUUAUCUGGCAGUUGUUGGAAAUCAUCAGGAAUGCGUACAACUGUUGCUGGAAGCAGGAAGUGACAUUAAUAUUUUACCAAAGACCGAUUUGAGUUCCUUGCACAUUGCAGCAGAGAGAGGUGAUGUCUCCAUGGCUUUGAUUCUUAUCAAUGCUGGAAUGAAUUAUAAUGUUCAAAAUAAUAAAAAGGAAACCUGUCUACAUUUGGCUGUUAAAAACAGACACACAUCUGUUGCACAACUCCUCGUGGAAUCCAAAUGUGAUGUUAACAUUGUGGAUGAAAGAAACCAGAAUCCAUUGCAUCUGGCAGCUGAACUUGGAAGAACUGACUUGGUGGAAUUGCUGUUGAAAGCAGAUAUUGACUUGAAACAAAAGGACAAGCAAGGUAAAACUCCACUGGGAGUGGCAGCAAGAGUCAACCAUAUCAUUAUUGUAGAUAUGAUCAUCAAAGCUGAAAGAUACUGUGCCUGGAAGGAGAAAAUCCAGGAUAGCUCUGUAAUCCCAACAAGGAGUUAUCCAUUGUCAUUCAAACCAGACCACACCACAGAGACAAGCCAGCUCCGUGCAGCCAUAUGGAGUUUGGCAAACCAUCAACUGAAGCCAAAAGAUUGGAAGAAACUUGCUGUACAAUGGAAUUUCACUGAGGAACAGAUUAAAGCAAUUGAGGAACAAUGGACAGGCUCAAAGAGCUACAAGGAACAUGGCCACAGAAUGUUGUUGAUAUGGUUACAUGGAGUCCUUUUAACUGGCAAGAACCCAGUCAAAGACUUGUAUGAAGGUCUAAUUAACAUUGAACAGAGGAAUUUAGCUGAAAAGAUCAGGAAAGAAAUUAAUGGCGUACAAUCUCCACAGAAGUGCUGUGUUUCCUAAAGUUUGCAUCUGCAAAUUUGGACCCAUAGAUUUUGCUGCUCAGGUGAACCGAAAGGAAACACAGGGCUGAUUUACAUGAAAUGUUAGAACAAAUCAGUCCCCUCCCAAGACAAAUGAAUUGUAAAACAUGGUGACUGUUUACUGCAAAUACAAAAAGGAUGCCAUUUCAGUGCAGUUGGAAAUUUGACAAUUUGAUGCAUCAUUACUAUUUGGAACUACUUCUCUGAAAGUGAGAAUUACAUUGGUGAAAAGAGACACAGAGCCCUGAAUGAAACAGUGAAGACAAAACUAUGAAGAUCGAAUAACCAAACAGAAAAUAAUGGGAGGACCAGUAUUUUUAUUCCCUCUGCUGAAGUAGACAGAUUGAAUGAUUGUAGUGAAAUAUGGUGUGAAGAGGAGAUUCAGAACUGCCAUUCAGCUGUGCUAAACCUCAUCACUCUUAAUACACUUAAAAUUCACCACUUCGAUCAAGGUUUUCUGGCUAGAUGGCUGUGACAAAUUUUAUUUAACAUUCAUGAAGAGCCCCUCAAGAUAUUUUACUACAUUAAAUAUAUAAAAACGCUUCUCUAUAAAAACUCUUACAAAUCAAAAUGAUGCAUCUAUAUUAAUACUUCUUCCAAAAGGAGCUUGUUACAUGAAAAUUGAGUGUACGAAGCUUCAGAGAGAACUGGUGGUCAACAAUAACUUGCAAACAAUAAUACAGAGAGAUUUGAAGUCAAAUGGAAUAGACCAAAUACAUAAUCUGUUUUUAUCCCACAAAUUGGUCCAGUGACCCAUACUGUAGUAUUCUUAUAUUCGAGGUUUAGUAUAUGGGAUCAAUAAUUGAGAAGUGGAAAACGUUGUUGAUGUAACAGUGAACACAGAACUACCUCCAAAUGUUGUGAAAACCCAACAAGACAAAGUGACAAUCUUAACUGGCCAACAUGUGACUUCACACCCACAAUAGUGUAGUUGAUACCCAACUGUGUCCGAAUUUAUCCAGUAAGCAACUAUAUUGUACCAAACUGCUGCAGAAAAGAAUGCACAUUGUCAAGACCAUGGUGAACUCAAAAGCAAAUGAGGGAUGAGCAACAAAUGUUAUCAAAUAAUACCCACAAAUAGAAUUAAAAUAAACAUUGCAAAGAAGUAUCAUCUGAUCACA